UCCAUAGAGAACGAGUCUAUCGCCUUGGUUUGCAUCACCCAAAAUUUCUGACAAGAAAGCCAUGCACGCAUACAUCUGUGAGAUUCCAAUGGACACAUGUCAAUCACCAAAGCAUGCAGUCUCACUACCUUAUAACGUCUUCUUCUGCUCCUCGAUUUUAUCUAUCAUCCCACUCCAGAUCGAAAUCUGCAUAAGUAUCGAAUCAGUAAUUGAGGUGUCGUGAUUUUAGAGAGAUAACAAUUGAGAAGUUGAAAUAUGGCGGAUGCAACAAAGAAAGAUGCAGAUAAGCAGCAAAGGCAUAUUGAGAAAGAAUCAAAGAAGAAAGCAGAUCAACCGGCAGUUACAGCAGGAGAGAAACCUCAUCAACAACUGCAACAACAACAACAACCACAGCAUCAGAUGAAUGAAGGUGUUGCGGUUAUGGGGAGGAAUGAAGCAUUAGAAACUGUGGCGCGUCAAGCACCUGUCACGGAUGAACGGAGGGUUCGCGGUGAUUUGGAGACCUCACUUCCUAAGCCUUAUAUGCCUCGUGCUUUGGUUGCUCCGGACACAGAUCAUCCAAAUGGUACAUGGGGUCACAAGCAUUACAACAUGAGUGUUAUGCAGCAGCACGUUGCUUUUUUCGAUAUGGAUGAUAAUGGCAUCAUUUACCCAUGGGAAACUUAUUCAGGACUAAGAGCUAUCGGUUUCAACGUCAUUGCUUCCUUUGUGAUGGCGAUUCUCAUUAAUGGAGCCCUGAGUUAUGCUACAUUGCCUGGUUGGUUCCCAUCACCUUUUUUCCCAAUAUACAUACACAACAUUCACAGAUCCAAGCAUGGAAGCGACAGUGCAACUUAUGAUACUGAAGGAAGGUUUGUUCCCGCAAAUCUUGAGAACGUGUUCAGCAAAUAUGCGCGAACAGUACCUGACAAGAUGACAUUCAAGGAACUUUGGUACAUGACUGAAGGCAAUAGGAAUGCAUUCGACUUCUUCGGCUGGAUUGCAGCGAAGUUGGAAUGGGGAAUUCUCUAUGUUUUAGCACGUGAUGAGGAGGGAUUUCUGUCUAAGGAGGCAGUUCGUAGAUGUUUUGAUGGUAGCUUGUUUGAGUAUUGUGCUAAGCUCCAAACUGAAGCUCUAGGUGGCAAGACAGAUUAAGGCGUUUGGGAUCUGGUUUGGGUUAUGUAAGUAGAUGUAGUAGUAGUGGAGUAUGUGGAAGAAGUGCAAGGAGAGUCGUUUCUGUCACUCUUGAAUGUUUUUAGUUUCACAAGCAUGUUAGUGCUGAAUACAAGAAAUGACUUGAAUAACUCUAAGAGUAGACUGCUUUUAUGCGAAAACAUCAUAUCUUUAAUUUUCUGUGUUCAACAA